AUGCCACUGCUGGCUCCGUCCGACUUCGUGCCGUACGACGAACUGAAUACCAUCUUGUUUCGCCACGGUGCGGAAUGUUUCUACGAAGCUUGGGAGGAGUCUUUUGUGAAACAGUGUUCGAAGCAUCAGCGGGAGUCCCUCGUUGAGUUCCAGCACAUCGACAGGGAGGCCUUGAGGAACCUUGUGAAGAAACACGACAAGCGGCUCGGUUUCGCCAACGGCUGCAAGCGCCAAGAUUCGGCGCGAGGCCUCUCGGCCAAGCAAUGGGUCAGGAACUUGGGCCCCGACCUCCGCGGGCGAUGCAAGGUUCGGCGCCAGACGGCGGCUCGCCUGCGGGCGCUGGUGGCGCGUCGAGGGCGCCUGCUGGUGUUCAAGAGGGCAGGGUGUCAGGCGGGGGUCCUGGUUGGCUCCAGGCCUGGGCCCUCGGGCGCGACGGUCUACCUAGCCACGCAGCGCGCCAAAGAGUACGACCCCAUCUAUUCGGCCACGUGCGACCUGCUCGUGGGGUACGCCAGCUGGGUCUGGGAACAUCGGACGUCGCUCAGCCGUCUGCACCACGCCUGGGCUGCUGCCAGCGCCAGGCUUGUCCACGAACCCAGCUGGGCUGAGACCCGAGGCCCCAUGGCCUCGGCGAUGUGGACCUUGCGGCGAAAUCGGGCGGUGCUUGUACUCGUCCACGGGUACUGCCGCCACCAGCCUGCGCAUCCGCUGGUCGGCUUGCCCUGGACAAGGCAGGCGGAGUUUGACGUCGAGCUGGCUGCCGUGCCGUCCUGCUGGGCCCCGCUGGCGAGCGAGGGCGUGCGCCGCUGCGGCUGGGCGAUCGUCCAGCUGUCGCCGGAGGGGCUGCCGCGCUGCUGCGUCGACUCCACGAGCCUGCUGGUGCUCGACCUGACGGGCUUGCUGGCGUUCACCUUGGGCGUCUCCUUCUCGCCCUCGGUCGAGGGACCCGCGCCCUUGCAGCCGGCUGCGCUCGGUCGCAUCGGCUGGGCUAGGGCGCCGCCCGCGGUCCGGCUCGGGAUCACGCUGCCGAGCAACGAGCAGGAGCCCACGGAGGCGGACAUCGUCCAGAGCGAGAAGAUGAUGGAGGACGCUCGAGGGGGAGUUCCCCCGGGAGAGCCCCGAGGGCAUGGCCCACCGGGAGGCCGUGCUGCGCGAGCUGGAGCGGGAGGUGACCUCGUGGAUGGCGCGGGCCGCGGCGGACGCGGGCCUGGCGCGGGAGGAUCCGAGGCGAGGCGAUCCACGAAGCUGGUGACAGUGGGCUCCUACAGACUCGGCGUGGUCCGCCCCGACGGCGGCAUCGACACGCUCUGCGUGGGACCGCCGCAGGUGGGCCGCGAGGCCUUCUUCACCGCCCUUGCCGAGAAGCUGAAGGGGCUGCAGAGCGUGACGGAGAGUGUGCACCGAUCCCGGAUGCUUUCACUCCGAUCAUCAAGCUGA